AUGAGCUUUUUAGAUGUGGUAGUAUUUAUUUCCUUAUUUAUAACUUGUAAUUCCUUAUCCCUUGACAAAAGAAUUGAAGAGAAAUUCUUAAACUCGACUCAUACAAAUAAUUGGGCGGUUUUGGUGGAUACAUCAAGGUAUUGGUUUAACUAUCGACAUGUAACCAACGUGUUAAUCUUUUAUGAAGCAGUAAAGAGGUUGGGAAUUCCAGACAGGUACGAAUUUGACAUAUUUUUUAUCUGUUCUCUAGUGUAACAUGGUUUUAUCUCUAUUUUCUGUUUUCAGCAACAUAAUAAUGAUGCUGGCUGAUAAUAUUCCUUGCAAUGCCCGAAAUCCUCAGCCGGGUGAGUAAUUUUAUUUAUUGGUUGCAUAUUUAGGUACAGAUCUCUUAUUUAUAAGUGGAAUGAGUGGAAACCGAUAGGUUUAGAUAGGCGAAUUGAUCGAUAACAUCCUCGUCUUGAUGAAUCAGCUUUAUUUUCCUCGGUUCUUGGCUUGUAUUUACACUUCUCAGCUGAAUGACGUCUUUUUGAGGUCGUCGAAGACGUUUGACAUUCUAAAUUAAUGUAUGACCGAGUCUUCUGAGUCUCUUACCUCAAUUUUAACUGUUGGUUUGGUUUGGUUGACGGAACAGGUCUCAGCUAUGAACCUGAUAGGUCGAAUUCUCUUCAGCUUGUAUUCUUUGCCUGUCACGAUCACUCGUUCGACAGCUUGAUGACUUCCUUGUGCUGUAACCAUCUUCAAAUGUUUCCAUUCGACUUUCAUGAAUUCGGCUACACAUUUGGCAGUAUUUUUCAGGUAAAAAUCGCUUGCUUGCUUCAGUCUUGGGUUGUGUAUUUUCUAAACAUCACAAUUAAUUUUUUAAGUACCAAAUACGUGGUAAGGUAAAAUCUUACCUCAACCGUGACGGAAGGUCUUCUCACUUCAUAGUAAACAUUGUAGAUGGGACAGUUGCUCACAAAUACUUUGUCCGCCCUUAGUUUGAUAGACCCAAUCAUGUAAUGGCUCACAUUUUUAGGCAUCUCCUCUGAAGUUGGGAGACACAUGAUUCUGAUUUGAAUGUGGUUCUUGAAAAGUUGUUCCACUGUGUAUACUCUAUCAUCGCUCUUCUUUGGGAGGUUCGCUUUCUUUGCUUUCUGAGCAGCAGAAGAGUGUAAAAGUAUUGGAGAAAAGACUUUGUUCUGUUGAUAAGUGUGCUCAUCUGAAUGCCAUGCCAAGGAUGGAGGGUUCAUAUGAGUGCACACAUGACGUCUUAAAAUAGCUCGUCACGUUUUACGACCUACCCUUCUCUACUUGUUACGGUCUCCUGCAAUUCGUAGUUCAAUCUCUCAGCUUUUUGUCGAUACAUUUACAACCGAUUAUACAAACUGAGACAUCUUUCGUGAUCAUUUCGUUUUUUAAUCUUCAUUUGAAUUUUUCAGGCGAAAUCCACGAUGAUUUGAAUAAUAAUCUCUACCUAAAUGAUAUCGAAGUCGAUUAUCAUGGAUACGAAGUUACUGUCGAAGCGUUGGUUAGAUUGUUAACAGGACAAGUGGACGAAAAUACUCCAAGGAACAAAAGGUUACUGAGCGAUCAGCAAAGCAAUGUGAUGGUUUAUUUGACUGGUCAUGGAGGAGUUGGAUUUUUGAAGUUUCAAGAUGCCGAGGAAUUUACAGAAGUGGACGUCGCUAAUGUUGUGGAGACCAUGUAUCAGCAGAAAAGGUACGCAAAGUUUUAACUAUUUUUAUUUAGUUUUAGGUACAACGAACUGUUCCUGAUCGCUGAUACCUGUCACAGCGAAUCUUUAUAUCGGUCGAUAACGUCGCCCAAUGUGCUGGCGACUUCUUCUAGUCUUUUGGAAGAGGAAUCCGUCUCUUAUCACAUGGAUUCAGCUAUCGGAGUACAUACCGUGGAUCGGUAUGCCUUCUUCUGCGGUAGAUUCCUAACCAAACAUGUGCAGGAUCGAAAUUCAACCGCCACAAUGAGCGGUUAUCUAGAUUCGUGUCCAAGAGAAGACUGUCUAUCCGGAAUUGGCCAGAGAACCGAUCUCUUCAAUCGAGAUCCGUCUCGAGUUCGAGUAGUCGACUUUUUUGGAGCCAGGAAGUACACUAAACCCAGCACAAGUGAAGUCAAUUUGUUAGAAGAAGAUGGAACACCGUUUACAGUGGUAAAUGAUUGGAUGGGACUGGGAAAGGAUCGGCAUCUCGAAUAUUAAUGUCCCAUUUUAGUAA